GAUGCAAUGGUCGCUCUGCAAGAACCCUGAGGAUCUGAAUCGGGGAGCCACACCAAAAAGAGGACUGGUCAAGCCGGGAUUGCAGAAGGGAUUCCUGACCCAUCCGUGAAGAAGAUUACUUGGAUUUCUAGUUCCCAAAUAAAAUUCAUGUAUGGCUUGGCUAAAGUUCCAGCCUCUUGCAUCGACUUUUCUUCACUUUGGACUUGUUACCUUCAUCUUAUUUAUUCAAAGUCUUAAUGUUCAUGCUGUUGCCACAGGGCAUCCCACAAGUGCUGGACCAAACCUCAACUGCUCAGGUUCUUUUGAAUGUAAGGAAGGGGUUAUAUUGCCAAUAUGGUAUCCAGAGAACCCAUCCCUGGGGGAUAAAAUUGCCAGAGUCAUUGUAUACUUUGUGGCAAUGAUCUACAUGUUUCUUGGCGUGUCCAUCAUUGCAGAUCGUUUUAUGGCAUCAAUAGAGGUCAUAACUUCACAGGAACGGGAAAUCAUAAUAAAAAAAUCUAAUGGAGAGACCUCUACAACAACCAUUCGGGUCUGGAAUGAGACUGUCUCCAACUUAACCCUCAUGGCACUUGGUUCUUCUGCCCCUGAAAUCCUUCUGUCCCUGAUUGAGGUGUGUGGACAUGGGUUUGUUGCUGGAGAUCUUGGUCCAUCAACCAUUGUUGGGAGUGCAGCGUUUAACAUGUUUAUCAUUAUUGCUAUCUGCGUCUAUGUCAUUCCCGAAGGGGAAGUUAGAAAGGUCAAGCAUCUUCGAGUAUUUUUUGUGACCGCGGCAUGGAGCAUUUUUGCAUAUAUCUGGUUGUAUAUGAUUCUUGCGGUCUUUUCUCCUGGAGUGGUUCAAGUAUGGGAAGGUUUACUCACACUGUUUUUCUUUCCUGUAUGCGUUGUCCUUGCCUGGGUGGCAGACAGACGUCUUCUCUUCUACAAGUACAUGCACAAAAAGUAUAGGACAGACAAACAUAGAGCAAUAAUGAUUGAGACAGAAGCCGAGCAUCCUAAAGGAAUUGAAAUGGAUGGCAAGGUAAUGAAUUCUCAUUUUCUAGAUGGGAAUCUAUUACACAUGGAUGGUAAAGAAGUAGAUGAAUCUCGCAGGGAUAUGAUAAGGAUCCUCAAAGAUUUAAAGCAGAAACACCCAGAGAAGGAUUUAGAUCAGCUGGUAGAAAUGGCAAACUACUAUGCUUUAUCACAUCAACAGAAGAGCAGAGCUUUUUACCGAAUACAAGCCACUAGAAUGAUGACUGGAGCAGGCAAUAUCCUGAAAAAACAUGCUGCUGAGCAGUCCAAAAGAAGUUCCAGCUUGCAAGACAUAUGCUUGGACGAGUCAGAAGAGUUUGUGUCUAAAAUAUAUUUUGACCCAUGUUCCUAUCAGUGUCUUGAGAAUUGUGGUGCUGUCUUACUGACCGUUGUGAGAAAAGGUGGUGACAUCUCCAAGACCUUGUUUGUGGACUAUAAAACUGAAGAUGGUUCUGCAAAUGCUGGCGCUGACUAUGAGUUCACAGAAGGAACCUUAGUUUUCAAGUCUGGGGAAACCCAAAAGGAGUUCUCCAUUGGCAUUAUAGAUGAUGACAUCUUUGAAGAAGAUGAACAUUUCUUUGUGAGGCUCAGCAACAUCCGAAUAGCUGAAGCACAUGAUCCAAUGGAACCUAAUAGUUUUAGCUACCCAAAAGCAGUUUUGGUUUCUCCGUAUGUGGCAUCAGUUACUAUCUUGGAUGAUGACCAUGCUGGGAUUUUUACAUUUGAAUGUGACAUCAUACGUGUUAGUGAGAGCAUUGGUGUCAUGGAGGUCAAAGUUCUUAGGACAUCUGGCGCUCGGGGCACUGUCAUAGUCCCUUUUAGGACUGUUGAAGGAACGGCAAAAGGUGGGGGAGAAGAUUUUGAAGAUACAUAUGGUGAACUGGAAUUUAAAAAUGAUGAAACUGUCAAAGCAAUUCAUAUCAAACUAAUUGAUGACGAGGAGUAUGAGAAAAACAAGAAUUUCUACAUUGAACUGAGGGCACCACACGUUGUGGACAUUUGUGUGCAGAAAGCUCUGCUAUUGAAUCAAGCGGCUGAACUUGGGGAAAGGAAGCUCUCGAUGGAGGAAGAAGAAGCCAGACGUAUUGCAGAGAUGGGGAAACCUGUUCUGGGUGAACACCCAAAACUCGAGGUCAUCAUUGAAGAGUCUUAUGAAUUCAAGAGCACAGUGGACAAGCUCAUUAAGAAGACUAACCUUGCCUUGGUGGUAGGGACUCAUUCCUGGAGAGAUCAGUUUAUGGAAGCGAUUACCGUCAGUGCAGCUGGAGAUGAAGAUGAAGAUGAGUCUGGGGAGGAACGUCUGCCAUCUUGUUUUGACUACGUCAUGCACUUCCUGACCGUGUUCUGGAAAGUACUCUUUGCAUGUGUUCCCCCCACAGAAUAUUUGAAUGGAUGGGCGUGCUUUGUUGUGUCAAUAAUCAUCAUUGGCAUCCUUACCGCCAUUAUUGGAGACCUUGCUUCUCAUUUUGGCUGUACCAUCGGAUUGAAAGACUCUGUAACUGCGGUCGUGUUUGUGGCCUUUGGCACAUCUGUGCCUGAUACAUUUGCAAGCAAAGUUGCAGCUACACAGGAUGUGUAUGCAGACGCCUCAAUCGGCAAUGUUACCGGGAGCAACGCUGUUAAUGUGUUCCUCGGCAUUGGUAUAGCCUGGUCCGUGGCUGCCAUCUACUGGGCUUAUCAGGGACAAGAGUUCCGUGUUUCAGCCGGGAGUUUAGCUUUCUCAGUAACCCUUUUCACCAUUUUUGCAUUUGUCUGCAUCAGUGUCUUGCUGUAUAGGAGGCGACCUAGUAUUGGUGGAGAACUGGGUGGCUCCAGGGGCUGCAGACUUGCCACAACUUUGCUCUUUGUCACCUUGUGGUUACUUUACAUCUUAUUUUCCACUCUGGAAGCCUACUGUUACAUCAAGGGGUUCUAAACAAAGCCAAGUUAAAGCUAGCAACAGAGUACUGCUCUUUUCUGUUGGCAGUCUCAACAUCGUUGAGGAUCUCCAGAGCAGAAAUUGUACCAGCCAACCAGAGAGCAGCUCUGCAACUGCUGGAGAUUACUGAAUCCCAGCCCAAAGGACCUUCUCACUGGUAUCAAUGGUUGAUGUGCAUUUGGACAAAACAGCGGUACUCUGAGUUCCUGAGAAUCCUAUCGAGAAAAAUGGAGCACUUUCUAGCCAACUAUUACUAGGACAGGACAGUGGAUACACUUUGAGUACUGGUCACUUUUGAAUUCAAAUAGCAGGAGGGAGCUAUUUGUGCCACCUAAGGUACCAAGCAACACCCUGACAUUGACCUGUGGUAUAAUAACCAGCAAGGAUUCCUUAUAUCUGAUUUAUUUUAAUUUUAUUUUAAGUGUUUGUUUGUUCUCCAGAGUCGCUUUAAACACACCUUUGUAUUUAUUUCAUAUUUUUACUCAACCUUUGAAAUGAAUUAAAAAAAAAAAAUAGAAUAUUCUCAAUUUUAAACUGAUUACACAAUGGUAGCAAAAUAUCUGUCCUACGUUUUUAAUUUAGAGUCACUGCAAACUGGAAAAUCAUGCAAUUGGAGAUGCCAAGGAGAAGUGAGGAACAUAUUGUUGUGACUCUCGUACGUUAACGCUAUUGUCACCACCUAAACAUCGCACUGCGUAUUCCAAGGAUACGUGAGUGCCAGCAAUGGAGCGGAAUCUUCUUGUGGGGAGAAGAGGAACAGAUCAAACAGAAUGGAGAGGAAUAAUAGUGGUCACCUUUAUCAAAGCUUGUAAACCUCUGUACAUACUUACAUGUGUUCACCUGUUGCUGUUUGCCAGUGUGGUUUGAUAGUGAGAGUCUAUUCAAAACACAGUUGAUUUUUUAAUCCUAUAAUUUUACCUUUCUAAUAUCUGAGUACAGACAAUUAUACACAGAAUAUAUACAGUAUACAUAUAUCACAGUUGAAAAUAAAACAAAAAACCAUGAUCUUCCCAUUCGGUGAUGAUGGGAGGUGUAGUCCGACAAUGCCUACACCUGUUAUAUUGUAAUUUUUGUUGGUCUGAUACACUUUAGAGAUAGAAAACCCAACAAUUUUCCACCUGUAUUUCAAUGUUUAUUUGGCGUUUCCCCCCCAAACACUCUGUUGCUUCUCCUUGCUCAUUAAAAGCCAAAAUUCUAUUUAUUUUUUUAUACAAAACCUUUAGAUUUUGCUGAAUCCAGAUGAAGAUGACCCAUUUCUCAUCCAUAAUUUGCAAUAUUGCUUACAAAUUCAUUACAUACUUGGGAUUUUACAGGGAGAUAUAUUUUUUAUCUUGUAUUGAUGUGGAUACAUUUAUCUAUAUGAUCUAUUCCUUCUAUAAAAUGCUGCUUUAAAAUAAUUUUACUGUGGUUUUAUGUGGGGAGAGAGGGAUCCAAGGUACUUUAAAAUCAGUCCUGACAACUUCAGGUUGCAAGACUUGAAUUUAAAAAAAUACUUACAUUUUAUAAACAUUUAUGGAAUGACCAGAAGAUCUCACAAGAAAAACUAUGCCGUUAAGUAUGACCGGAGAAAACACUUACCUGCCUUCGGACGUGAACUAGUUAAGCCUAUUGAGACUUAGCUGGCAAUAUAGAUAAUACUGUGAAGAGAGUGUCAACACAGGUUUCCUAAAAAGAGACUUACCUGCAAUAUUGUAAUACAUUUUGGAGUUACUGCAAUUCGCAAAAAAAAAUAAAAAUGAAAAUGUGCAAA